ACCAAAUUAGUUUUAUUUUAAAAUUUCGGACGGCAUGUUUAACAACAAUUGCAUCUUUUUUAUUUGUUUAUAAAAAAGAAGCAAACAACGAAAAAAUAUACAAAAUUAAAUCAAAUAAAUAAAAAUAAAUCCAUAAAAAAAGCAUAAAUUAAUAGUUGUAAUUAGAAAAAUAAAUAAUAAAAAUUUUAAACCAGAAAAAAACCUCCAAAAAAAAUUAUAAUUAAUGUUAAACAGAAAACAUUACGCAAGAAAUUUAUUAAACAAUCUCAGUAUUAGCAACAAUUCCUUUCAUUCGAACAUCUCCACUAGCUGCUAAAUUUUCCAAACUAUUUUCCAUAACCAGCACAAUACCAAAAAAAUCCUGACAAAAUGCUGAUGAAAAGAUUUAUCGAAUUUAGCCACAAAUAUAAAAUUAUACGUGGCAUGAUUUCCUAUGGUCUACUAUAUCCCUGUGGUUCUUUGGCCGAACAAACACUGAUAGAGAAACGCAAUUUCAAAACCUAUGAUUAUAAGAAAUGUUUAAAAUUCAGUUUAUUUGGCUUUUGCUUUAUGGGUCCCACAAUUUAUGCCUGGAUGCGUUUAGCCAGCAUUAUGUGGCCACGCACCGACAUUAGGUCCUCCAUGUGUAAAGCGAUAACAGAACAGGUUGCCUACGAUCCAAUGGCAAUUAGUACAUUUCUAUUUACCAUGAGUCUUAUGGAGGGUAAAACCGUGGAGGAAGCUAGACGAGAGGUCAGCAGUAAAUUCUUAGAUGCAUACAGAAUUGGUAUAAUUUAUUGGCCGUGUGUGCAAACGAUCAAUUUUGCAUUUGUGCCAGUCCAGAAUCAAGUCAUUUUCACAUCAUUCUUCAGCAUGUGUUGGACCACAUUUUUAGCUUAUGUUAAAUUUUUGGAAUUGCCAGACGUUGAUGUCGAUGACCACUUGGAUCAUCAUUUGGAUUUACAUUUUCACAUACAUUUCUAAAUUAAUGUGGAUGUAAUAGAGCCCCCGAUAGAGCAGAUUAUGAGUAAGAAACAUGUGUAGUUUUAAUCAAGAAAAGUAACUGGAAAAUUUAAUGUUAAAAUCAAAUAUUGUACAAUAAUGAAUUUUAAUUAUUUAAUUGGAGAAAUAAAAUGUCAAAUGUGUAU